AUGGUUCGCUUCACCGGUGGUCUGCUGGGCUUCACGCUCGCUCGCCUGGCAUUCUUGGACGUAGCCGGCACGUUCUGCGCGCCGCUCGAUAAGAUUACGCCGCUGCUGUCGACGGUGCUGGGCGAGUGCUACCACUACCAGCGCGGCCGGCCCGGGUUCAUGGGCAUCCGGCUGCACCUGUUCUGCGUCCUGCCCGCGGCUUUGCUCGUGUGCUUCCAGUUCGUGCCCGUCAUCCGGCACUGCGUGAUCCUGGCCUAUCGUCUCAACGGCUACGCGAUUCUCCUCCUCCAGGGCGGCGAGCCGGAGACGCACGCCUACGUCUGCCUCCCGGGCAUCAUGUUCCUGUUCGCGCUGGCCAUGGCCGUCACGCGCAUCCGGCAGAAGCGCGUCAUGCUGCACCUGGCGUGGAUGCUGCGAGCCUGGUUCUACGCGGGCUCCAUCAUCACGCUGCGCCUGAUCCUGCUGCUGGGCAUCAGCAUUAUGGUUAUGCUGGGCGGCUACUGGACGAUGCGGGCCUGCGCGCAGAUUGACUUUACGUUUGCUGGUGAUCGUAACACGACGCUGUCGUACUACCUGGACUGCGAGGCGUGGUAUGACGGCGCCGAGCCGGACAAGAGGGUCGUGGUGCCGGUGGGAACGGCCGACCUGGUACAGAUGGCGGCGGCCUUGGGUGUCUUUUUUGGCACGGCUGGCAUGCUGGCUUUGUUUCUGUACGGCGUUGAAGUUGAAUCUUACUUGCCUCUUUAUCUUACGAGCUACCUGUUGUUGCUAUCUUUCCUCACUGCUGCUCUUCUCGCUUGUUCCUUUAUUCUCGGUUUCUUUUUCUUCUUUACCUUAGCUGCUGACAUUGCGUACUAUGACCAGAUCUCCAGCACGACGCCUGUAUCUACGGUCACGGCAGUAGAGAAGGAAAGCGAUGGAUCUAGUCCUGAGCAUAAGCGAAACAGCGGGCUGGCAUAA